AUGCAUCACGAACAGGCAUCUCAAACGUCAAUCACUACCGCCUACAUCCGUGACCCCUGCACCACAGGCGUCUUCCAGACUUUCCGAAACGGACUCGACGUCGUUCGCAUGGAGGCCAUCCUCCACCCCGUCACUGGAACCUUCGUCGUCCUUUGGGGCGACAUCAAGGUCUGCUUCCCCGGCCUGACUCGACUCCAGAACAAGGAUAUCUACGUUCCCCUCAUCCGCGGCCCCAGUGCCUAUCGAGUGGUCCCUCUUGGCAUUCAGCACCAGCCUGGAGCCAUCAUCGAUGUGAUUUAUGACUCGACCGCCCCAAAGUUGGUCAAGAUCAGGUGUAACAAGAAGCACCCGGAGCAUGAGCCUUCCAAACCCGUGUCUUCUGCUGCCGUUACGGCUGUCGAUCCUACCUCGGUAAUGGUCCGCUCCGUCCACCCCAGCCUCCUGCCAGCGACGGCUCCCGUCAGACCCCAUGUUAUUAAGUCGGCACCUUUGGAGGACACCAUCAGGGCAAUCGACUUGGCCGUCAAAACCACUGGACUCUCCACUUCCAGGGUCCAUCCACAACUCCAACCAGUCCACAACUCGCCCGACUCGGAACCAUCCGCCGAAACCAUCUCCAUGCCUGCUUAUGCCGCCUUGCCCGUCGUGAACUCGAACUCGGACUCAGACUCAUCUGAGGAAGACUAUAUCUCUCCCUCUUUCCUUUCCAAAACACCCCCAAAGGAAAUCGAUCCAGCCGUCGUCAAGAAGUUUGUCAACGCUGUCAACAGCUCAGCUGCAGCAAAUCGCAACCUCAACGCUCACUUUACCGACUUCGGCAACAGGCUGCAAAAACCCAACCCUCCCCUACCAGACGAUAUUCACAGCUUCAGACCUCGGCGAGACCAGUUUCCUAGACCAGCAGUCCAUCAAUUCAUGGACGAAGUCGUGCUCCCUACCGCAUCCGUCGCAGCCCUUGGAGCUGUGAAAGAGAGUUCUCCUGCCUUUCCUCAACCCUCAACCGCCAAUCUCGAUAGCAAGGUGGGUUCCACCUUUUCAGUACAGAGCGCUAUGCUGAACAUCUCUGCCGACUGUGGUAGUGGGAGCUGUGGCGGGAGCGCUUCCCAUUCCAGGAUCUCGACACAAAUCAAGAAACGAAAAGGGCGUGCCUUGAGGCGGAGCAAGGAGUUCCAGAACGCAGAGCAAGACCCUGCAUCAAUUCAGCUGAUGAGCACUUUGGACAUGCAGCAGUCGGUCCUUUCAGACAACACAUUCCGCGACGAGACGACCGUCAAGUCAUCUUUUCCCUCCUCUGCCUCUUCUACCUCCUCUUAUACCACGUCGUCGUCUAACUCCUCUCCUGCCAACUCCAGCAGCAGCUUCACUAUCCACGAUAUGGUUACUCGUCGCGCCAGGGACAUUAUGGCUGCGCGCUACGACUGGCUGGACAGCCCCUGUUCGAGGCUCUUCGUCAUUCUUCCCCGCAAGGGCAACAUUCGCUCGGUGGCGGAGGUCAAAGCCAUGGCUUGGCAAGACUUUGACGUCCAUUUCCUGUGCGACUGCAUAGAUAUCCCUGGAGCCGGCAUUGAUGUGAAUGGCCUCUUUAAGGGCUCGGAUAGGGACGGAACAGGAGCUUUCAUACCACAGUCGCUCAUUUCGGAAGAUGGAGUGGAAAUUGAGCCAAUCCGUUACACAGGCCAUAGCUACAUCCCCCAUCUUGAUCUCGGCGAAUCCGCCGACCUUUCUUUGCUGAAGGACUGCUCGGCGCUCGCUCCGUACCUGAUGGCGGUCCUGGAGAUGCUCGAGUAUGGUAUCGUCAUUGACGGGAAGACCAAGAUGAUGCCCCUGAGGGAUCUAGAGGAGCGGAAGAAGGUCAUGUACUCCAUUGCCUUCUUGGUGGAACACGGAGUCGAGUCGAGUUAUCAACUUUACGCCAAGCGUCCUUCGUCCCUACACGACAUCGAACCCACUCCACCUCUGAAGCCAUCCCAGUUGUCUGACUUUUACCACCAUAGGAUCUCUGUCGAGGUGCCUCUCGGCACGAGAAUCCCUUUCCGGACGCCUGACGGUGAUGUUCGAUGGGUCUGCAGCACGCAUUGGAACCAGUUGACAGUAUGGGAUCAGAUCUCGCGAGCGUUCGACUUUUCCAAAAACCUCGACUCUGCUCAGUCCAUCUUCCACAUGAACCUUGGAGCCUUUGUCCUCACGCUCAAAACAAGAGAGCGAGCUCGAGAGCUUUAUGAGCUUGUAGGCCUCAUGAAGUCAACGGUCAUUGUUUCCUUUUUCCUGGACUGGCAUCUCACGAUCGAAGAUGCAUGUGAGUUGGAGACCGUCCCUUCCAGGCUGCAUGCUUCCUGUGUCAAGAUUCAAGUGCGAGAGUCGGAGGACCAUUAUGAUGACGGCGUUCCCCACUCAGGAUUCGGACACAGCUAUUUCAAGGUCGUCCUAGAGGCCCUCAAGAACAAGCAGAUUGAAGCCUUCAUGAUCGAGAAGAGGGUAACGGCCGACACCACUGAACCUGCCAAUUACUUACAAUCGUUCAAGAGCGCCGUGUGUCUGGACCCGGUUUUGGCUCGGUUCUGUCGUGAGCAGUUGUUCGGCAAGGUCCAGCUUGGUCUGCUCGUGGCGAAUCUGGAAGGAGCCGUCAGUCGGGUUCGCAAGUGCCUUCACGGGUUCCACUCACUAUCCAAGUUAACGUUGGAGACGUCGGACUUGGAGCAUCUCAACAUUGAUUUCAACACUAACGAUGUCAUGGAGGAUGAGGUCGAGGACACGGACUAUAUGGAGCAGAACGAUGUUGAAUACUUCAACAAGCGGUCAAGCGACGCCAUCACUAUGAGGACGUAUCGUUCUGCUGGCAUAUCGCUUCUUCGUUCGACCGCCCUCAAGGACAUCAGCAUUCACAUCUCGUUUCCGGAGGAUGGGCCACGAAUCCGAGAGAUGAUCAAGAACAACCGCCUGCUGAGCCAGAUUGAACUUUCCAUCGAUACAAUGGAUGAUCCCUGCCAGGUGUUUGAGUCCUUCAAGGCGUUAGUGGCCAACCACCCGAGCCUGGUGUCAUUCCGGCUUUGUAAGGACUGGGGCGAGAACGUCAAGUCGAGCUUCAUCUGGCACGACGUAUCGGACCGGACCAAGAUGACGCUGUCAAUCCAGAGUUACUCCAAGGACAAAAUUGGACCGUUGAUUCAAAAGUUUGGAUCUUGCCUGUUGCAGCUGUACAUUCACGGCAUCAACGAGCAGGACUCUGCCAUCUUGGAGAAGGUUAUGGGAUCACGGAGGGGACUCAAACUGGUGUCGAUCACGUUGGUCGAUGCCUGUUUGCUCGACGAGCCGGCGUUGGACGGCCUGGCCAAAGUUGUUAUGAGACUGAACUUGGAGCGAUUGUCGAUUAUGGGCAUGGUGACAGCUCGGAAGGCUGGUCAGCUGGCGGAUUUCAUGAAAGUUGUGGCAGCGAAGAUCACAGAGAUCGAUUUGUUUGGAGAACAUGCCAAAGGGAUAAUGAUAGAGCUCGGCAAACGGCUGCAGUAUAUGUCGACGAUGGAACAGCUGGUGGAGUUGAAACUUACUGGACCGUUCUACGCGGCGACCGAGGAUCUAACGUGGAUGCGGACGUUGUUUAAGAAAGAGAUUCCUUUGAGUACGUUUGAGCUGCAAAAAGUGAACCUGAGCCACCAGGGAUGGAUGACGCUCGCGAAGGAGAUUGAUUUUGGACGUUUGAAGUACUUCCGAAUCAGUCCCGAGGUGUCGCUCAAGCCGGAGGCUAUUGCGACGUUUACGAGCAAGGUUCCAGAAAAUUCUGAGCUGGAGAACUUCCACCUGGACACGGAUGGGAUGAAGGAGGUCCACUGUUUGUCGUACAAGGCGGCGCUUUUGCCCAAAUUGCGCAAGAAGACCGCGGUUGUCAGCAUUGGGCGAUACUUUUAA